ACUACGUGUCCUGUGAAUCAAUAGUCCAGGUCGAGUGUUAGGACACACAAAAUCUUGACAUGUUUUCUAUUCCCGGUGUCAUCCAAGAUGGGAUUUCAUAUCUUAGCAUAUUUGUUAUGUACCUUUACCGGAAUAAUAGUUGCCUCUUCGCCAAGACAUGCAAGAGACCAGGUUUUAUCUGUUAAGCUCCAGUCGGACAAGGAGAUUCGAUUUAUCAAACAAAUAUUCAACCAGUAUGAGGCUGUUCUGUGGCAUCCAAGCUCAGUCGAUAACAUCAAAAUCAACAAAGAAAUCCACCUUUACUUCAAUGCAUCCAAUGUUGAAGAGGUGAAAACUCAGCUGACUGCAUCGACCAUCGCGUUUAGGGUGUUGAUUGAGGAUGUUCAACAACUCAUAACAAAACAAAAACUCACAAAUGUUCCUUUUACACCCCGUGGCUUUUCUUCGUAUUAUGAGAUGUAUCAUCCACUGGAAGAGAUUUAUUUAUGGAUGUCACAAAUUACGAAAGCAUAUCCAUCUCUCAUUCAAAAAAUACUUAUUGGGUCAUCAGCUGAGAAGCGGCUAAUUUAUGUCCUAAAGGUUUUCAAUGGCACUGUGUCCCCAAAGGGUGCUUUGUGGAUUGACUGUGGCAUCCAUGCCCGUGAAUGGAUAGCACCUGCCUUCUGCCAGUGGUUCUUACAAUAUCUUGUCGAUACAAAGAACCCGAUAAUCAAUAACAUUCUGAAAUCAUUCGAAAUAUAUGUUCUCCCUGUUUGGAACGUUGAUGGCUAUAAGUACACGUGGACAACUGACCGCUUCUGGAGGAAGAACCUGUCCAAACAUAAUGGGGGUCAUUGUGUAGGGACAGAUCUAAACCGGAACUGGGAUGCAAACUGGUGUGGUUCUGGGGCAUCAAGUGACCCAUGCAGUGAAACAUACUGUGGGCGUUACCCAGAGUCUGAGCCAGAGGUGAAAGCUGUAGCUGCCUUCAUCAGGAAGAGAUCAGAUCACAUCAUGAGCUACAUUUCAAUACAUUCAUACUCUCAAAUGGUUAUGUUUCCAUACUCCUACAAAUUGUCUAGGUCUAAGGAUCAUGAUGAAUUGAAUUAUGUCGCAUGGAAGGCAGUCACUGCUGUCAGGUCAGUGCAUGGCACCAGCUACAGUUAUGGAAACUCAGCAAAAACGAUCUAUUUAUCCAGUGGAUGUUCAGAUGACUGGGCUUAUGAUUUGGGCAUUAAAUAUUCCUUUACCUUUGAACUUCGCGACACUGGGACAUAUGGCUUUUUACUUCCACCUUCCUUCAUAAAACCAACUUGUGAAGAAGCUACGGCUGCUGUGAGCGAAAUUCUACACCAUAUUGUCCAAAGGAUUUGAACGAAUUCACCUCUACUCAACAGUAUCAAUAGAAAUGUUUAGUUACAACUACAAUGAUGUUCUAUGUAUACUACAAGCUGCCCAUUUGCGUGGGAUAGCUUAUAAGCUACACCCUAUAAUUCUAAGGUAUUGACUUCAUAAAUUGAAUUAUCCAAUUAUUUGGACAGGUAGAAGUGUGGAAUUUAAUACCUACAAUUUGAAUAAAGUAAUUUUCAAUUAGAA